CCGCCCCUCCCUCUCUGCGAUUGGCUUUGCGGCCCUGCGUCUCCGCCCACCAGACCUGCGCCUGCGCGAGGGCCAGGGCCGCCCGUCGUACCUGAUGGUAGGAGGUAGUAGCGCCCCCUUCUCUUCCCCGGGCGGGAGAGUUAGAUAGCCACACAAGAAAACGCCAUGAAAGAUACUGAUAUCAAGAGACUACUGUAUACCCAUCUUUUGUGCAUAUUUUCAAUUAUCCUAAGUGUCUUCAUUCCAUCAUUCUUCUUGGAGAACUUCUCAAUAUUGGAAACACACUUGACAUGGUUGUGCAUCUGUUCUGGUUUUGUGACUGCCGUCAAUCUAGUAUUGUAUUUAGUAGUGAAACCAAAUGCAUCCUCUAAAAGAAGUUCAUUAUCACACAAGGUAACCAGAUUUUUGAAAUGCUGUAUCUACUUUCUUAUGUCUUGUUUCACCUUUCAUAUAGUUUUUGUUCUGUAUGGAGCACCACUAAUAGAGUUGGUGUUGGAAACAUUUUUAUUUGCAGUUAUCUUGUCUACUUUUACUACUAUACCUUGUUUAUGUUUGUUAGGACCAAACCUCAAAGCAUGGCUAAGAGUUUUCAGUAGAAAUGGAGUUACAUCCAUUUGGGAGAAUAGUCUCCAGAUCACUACAAUUUCUAGUUUUGCAGGAGCAUGGCUUGGAGCACUUCCUAUUCCACUGGACUGGGAAAGACCAUGGCAGGUAUGGCCCAUCUCCUGUACGCUUGGAGCGACCUUUGGCUACGUGGCUGGCCUUGUUACUUCACCACUCUGGAUAUACUGGAAUAGAAAGCAACUUACGUACAAGAACAAUUAAUUGGAGCAAAGGGAGAAGGUAUUUCUUUGUGCAGAUUCCAUAUGGGCUGUGCAGAAAUGUAUGUGGUCAAAGGCAAGCAGCUCCAUUUACAGCACUGUUUUUUUUAUGUAGUUACAUGAUGUGAUUGUAGCUUUUUAAACUAUGAAACCCCUGAGAGAUUGUACCUUCUAGUUGAAAUAAAGUAUUUAUAAUAGA